AUGAUUGAUAGAUUUUCAUGCUUUUCUAGUCCAUGCAAAAAGCCAGUGGAAUUUAUUUGUAAUUGUACAGUUCCUGAAACGAUGAUGUGUAGAGAUCAUAUAAAUAAGCAUCUCAUAUCUCUAAAUACGCACAAAAUAGCAAAUUUAAUAUCAGAGAAAGAUCACAUAAUUAAAACUUUUAACUUAGAGAAAUGCUUGCUUAUAGAAAUUAAAAAUACUCUCAAUGUAAGCUUUGGUCAAUCUUUUAAGGAAUUACUUAGAUUGAAACUAUUAGAAAUAGAAGAAAGUAUAAACAUAAUUGAAAAAAUCAUUCAAGACUAUAAAAGAAGGAAUAUUUUUAUAAAUAGUAGAGGAUCAGCAUUAAAAAUUAUUGAAAAAGAAGUAAAUAAAAAUAAAAACUAUUUAGCAGAUUUGAUUUUGAAAGAAAAAAAUACUCAAAUUGAUGCAUUUAUUAAAAAACUUGGGUCUUUAAAAGAUAUUAGUGAGCAUCGCCAGCUUAAAGCUGAACUCAUUGAAAUUUCCACAUUUGAUAAGUAUGAUAAUUACAUCUUUUUAUUAGCUCAGGAAAAUAUUGACAUUAAUUCAAAACGAAACAAAUUUACCAAAAAAUGCAAAAAUCUUCAAGUUUUAUUUGAAGAAUCAAUAUUCAAACUUGAUAAAUACAGUUUUUCUUUUGCUCUCAGAGACAUUCUUUCUAACACAUUUCAGUGCAAUUUAGUUAAAAAAUAUGAAAAAAUCCCAAAAUCCUUUAGAAAUUCAAUAUUAAAGACCCACGAUAAAACCUAUAAGCACUGCAAUAUAGAUUUUAAUUAUCUUUAUAAUUAUGAUGAAAACCUUAACGGAACAGAAAUAUAUAUAUACGAUAUUGAAUCUGGCUUACGAACCUCAUCAGUUAUAACAAAAUCAUAUCAGAAUUGCCCAUAUCGUCUGCUAGAUAAAAUAACAAAUAAUAAAAAUUUCAAAUUAACAUUUACUUAUAGUAGGAAAUCGCAUUAA